AUGGCAUGUUACUACCGCAACGGCACCCGCGCCGUAGACGACACCCCCUGCCCAAAUGCCAACACCUGUUGCCCCUCCGGCGCAACAUGCAUGGAUAACCUCCUCUGCCGCGACAAGAACAACCACCCCAACGGCUCGCUGACUGUUUUUCCCGAUGGCCAUUCGUAUAACUACACGGGUCUCUACUAUACCCCUUCCUGCCAGGACAAGAGCUACAAGGGGUGUUCCGUAGCUUGCACGACGUAUGAUUCGUAUCGCGGGCAGUAUAUCUGGGCGUGUAAUGCCGCGCUGACGGAGUACUGUUGUCAUAACGAUGAGGCGGGUUUGGGUCAAGCGGAUUGCUGCGAUGGUGGGACGUUUGAGUUGCCGGCGCCUGGGUCUGGGUCUUCGUCUGCGUCUGCGUCUGCUUCUACUUCUACUCCUGUGAGUUCGACUUCGACUACGACGACUUCGAGUUCGACGCUGGCUAGUGCCCCGUCGGAGUCUGGUACGCCUUCAACUACGGCAGCUGCAACGGCAGCAGCGACAGCGAGCCUGUCUACGGGCGCAAAGGCAGGCAUUGGGAUUGGUGCGGCGGGAGCAGGAAUCAUCAUCAUCGUGCUGGUUGCGCUGCUACUCAGGGCACGCAGACUUGCAGCUGUCAACCGAGGGCCAAGUCAAACUGAAAAGAAUACAUUUUGGGCAAGUGGAGCCAGAACGAGAGCCACACAAGCGGAACUCGAGGCAUGCGCUGACGCACCACCGAGCGAGCUGUCUGCGAAGCCGGCACCGAACCGCUUCGAAUUGGCUUCUUAA